AUGGCCUCUGGAAUUUUCAAUGGCUUACGGACGUCGCUGAAACCGCUGCUGGGGGGUGCAGUGGGUGGCUUGCAGGCCGCUGGAUUCGUGAUUUGGUUUCACGACUACGUUGGUGUGGAAUCAAUGGUGAUCUCUGGGCCGAGCAUGCUGCCAACCUUCAACCAGCCGCGCCUCGCGGGAGACAUCGUCCUGAUCGAGCGCUUCAGCUUCUGGCUGCCUCUGUGGCUGUCCAGCACACCGUGGCUCCCAGAGAGCCUGAGGGAUGGGGCCCUGGGCUCUGGGAUGAUACGAGGAUUGAAGAGAGGCGAUGUUGUGUUGGCGUACAGCCCUGUCGAGCUGAACAAAUUGGUUUGUAAGCGGCUGGUGGCUAUGGAAGGGGAUUUUGUGGAAGUCCCAAGGGAUCACAGUGCUCUCGCUGGCAAGAAAGUGCUGGUGCCAAAAGGGCAUGUUUGGCUGGAGGGAGACUGUCCACAUGUGUCAAGAGACUCCAGGGAGUAUGGCCCAGUGCCGCUGUCACUCAUGCAUGGCCGUGCAUGGUUUCAGGUGUGGCCUCCUUGGAGCAUGGGGUGGGUGAAUAACAAGGAGCCGCCACAGCGUCAAUAG